CUGUUUUUUUUUUCAGGAUGAAUCCUUAACUCAUCUGCGAUGUCAGUGGGGGAAAAUGAUGGCAACCUCAAUUGGGAAGAAAUUAUCCAACAAAGUCUGUCGGGUGAGAAAUAUGGCAUCAUCGCCCUUUACAUUCCUGUCUUUCUCUCCGCUCUUGUUGCCAACUGUCUGGUUAUUAUAGUCGUUAUAAAGGACCAAUAUAUGAGGAGUGUGACCAAUUACUUUCUAGUGAAUUUGUCUGUUGCUGACCUCUUGGUGACAUUGAUCUGCAUGCCAAGGGCAGCCAUAGAAGCUUAUAAAUCGACUUAUGAUUUUGGUCGAUAUCCCUGUAAAAUAUCUUCAUAUUUACAAUGUGUUGCUGUAUCAUCCAGUAUAUUCACAAUAACCGCAAUGGCGCUGGAUCGGUACCUUGCUAUAGCAAAGCCGUUGGGUUUCUUCAACCGCUGCUUCAACAAGAAGACCACCACUAUAGUCAUCAUAUGCUUGUGGUCUUUCUCGUUGAUACUUCUAUUCCCCAUGUAUAUAAUUGUGGACUUACACAAUGAACAGUUUUCUUUUCCAAACGUUAAUAUAGAUAUAGCGCUCUGCUACGAGAAUUGGUCCAAAUUCAGUCUGAUAUCUAGAAAGAAUAUGGGCAUUAUAUGGUUCGUAUGCAUUUUCGCAAUACCAGGGGUAAUAAUGUUUUUUGGAUACUCCAUGAUGGGCAGAACAUUGUGUUCUUCGGCACCUCCAUUCGAUAACGAUGGGGCUUGUUAUAUGCAACAGAGAAACAGACUGAUCAGAAGCCGCAAAAGAGUAGCUUGUAUACUUCUCCUUCUUGCCUGCAUUUUUGCUAUUUGUUGGUUGCCUUACCACAUCAUGCUCCUGUGGAUGGACAUCAAUCAUAAAGUACACCUCAGUUCUAAAGAUGACCAUGAUGAUGCAGGUGAUUCUAUGGAGAUCAGAAAGUAUUUUCUUCUUCUUGGUCAUGCUAACUCCGCACUCAAUCCGAUCAUAUACUGUGCUUUAUCCAGAAGGUUCAGAAACUCCAUCAAAGAUCUUUUCGAUGUCAAAAUACAUUUCUCUAGGAAGAGGAAUCGCAUGCAGUGGGCCGACAGCAGUGGAUCAGCAAGUCAUCUAAACUACAUGCAACGUAUGAAAUCUUUGCCGGCCAACAACCAACACUACGCACUCUCCAGACUCAACUCAAGCCAAAGAACAACAAAAACUUGUGCUGUUUGAAAAUGUGUGUUACUUUAAGAGAAGCAAGUGUUAUGUAUGUUUUGCAUUGUAAUACUCAAUAUGUACCCAAAAUGAAUUGGACCAGUACUACUCUGGUAUAAAACAGUUAUAUUUUCGAUAUUUACAGAAAAUAUUCCACCUAAUUUCUGUAAUCAUUCAACAUUUUUUGAGGAGACGUCAUUUUGGAUUUGAUUUUUUUAUUAUAAUAUCAUAGAUUGAUGAAAACAUUGAAAACUCCUUAUCCAGUCUUCAAUAAAGAAGAUUCUUAUUAAUUUUUACUAGUAACUUCAUGGCAAAUAUAUAAUGAACUAAAAUUUACACAAUUUUUCAAUAAAACAACGGAGAUAAAGUUGAUCCUAGGAAAUAUUGUAUUGGCAUACUAUAAUUUUUUCAUCAAUUGAACGGGAAAAACAGUGUAAAAUCAAUUACAUCAAUUGAGUUUAAGACACACUUACUGUUAUUUUACCGCUAAUAUGAGUUAAUCUUGCUCAGGUAAUUGUGGUGUGAAUUUUUCCAUAAUUCUUCUCCAUAUCAUUUGCCAACUGUGACAAAAAAGGACAAGAUCAUUCCCAAUAUAAUUCUGCAUGU